UGCUUGGGAGGGGCGGGGCCUGGUCGCGCUCCCCGUGUUGUUAUAGCCAGCCAAUCGACACGCCGCCCUUCCUUUAGCGCCAUCGGAGAGCAGCUCGCGCCGCCGGAGCCGUGCGUCCGCAGGUACUUAUCUUUUGAAGAUGGCAGACAUUGACAACAAAGAGCAGACUGAGAGUGAUCAGAAAGAAGAUAUGGAAGAUGUGGAAGAUAUUGAGGAGGAAGAAGCAUCUGAAGAUAGUAAAGCUCGGCAGCUUACAGUUCAGAUGAUGCAGAAUCCACGGAUUUUGGCAGCACUACAAGAGCGACUCGAUGGACUUGUAGGAAACCCCUCUGGUUAUAUAGAAAGCUUGCCUAAAAUUGUGAAGAAGCGUGUAAAUGCUUUGAAGAACCUUCAGGUGAAAUGUGCACAUAUAGAGGCAAAGUUCUAUGAAGAAGUUCACGAAUUGCAAAGAAAGUAUGCUGUUCUCUAUCAACCCCUUUUUGAUCAGAGGAGUGAUAUCAUCAAUGCCAUCCUUGAGCCUACGGAGGAAGAUUGCAAAUGGCAAGGAGAUGAAGAAGAGGAAUUAUCAGUAAAUAUUCCUGAUUUUGAUGAAAUGAAACAAAAGGCGAAAAUGGAAGAAGAAAAGAAAGAUGAAGAAAAGGAUGCACCAAAGGGAAUUCCAGAAUUUUGGUUAACUGUUUUUAAGAAUGUGGAUUUGCUUAGUGACAUGGUACAGGAACACGAUGAGCCUAUUUUGAAGCAUUUAAAAGACUUGAAGGUUAAAUUUUCAGAUCCUGGUCAACCAAUGAGUUUUACUCUUGAAUUUAAGUUCGAGCCAAACGAUUUUUUCUCAAAUGAAUUAGUGACAAAGACAUACAAGAUGAGAUCAGAACCUGAUGAAUCAGACCCUUUCUCAUUUGACGGACCAGAAAUUAUGGGAUGCACUGGGUGCAAUAUUGACUGGAAAAAGGGAAAGAACAUCACAAUGAAAACCAUUAAAAAGAAACAGAAGCAUAAGGGCCGCGGCACUGUUCGAACUGUUACAAAAACUGUACCAAAUGAUUCUUUUUUCAAUUUCUUUUCACCACCUGAAGUUCCAGAGAAUGGUGAGCUGGAUGAAGAUUCUGAGGCAAUACUUGCUGCUGACUUUGAAAUCGGUCACUUUUUGCAUGAGCGCAUAGUUCCACGAGCAGUGUUAUACUUUACAGGAGAGGCCAUUGAAGACGAUGAUGAUGACUAUGAUGAAGAGGGAGAAGAGGCAGAUGAUGAGCAGGAAGGGGAGGAAGAAGCAGAUGAAGAGAAUGACCCAGAUUAUGACCCUAAGGAGCAAGUAAUCUAAAGUUUAAAUGAUGGCUAGAAAUAACCAUACCCCUAGUAGAAGGAUCCAAACCCACCCUCUGAGUGCAAGCAGCAGUGAAGCCUGCUUAUGUGGCCUUGAACAACUGCACUGUACUGGCUUACUAUAAACAACUAAUAGUUACUUAACAGCCUUAUAAUGUUUUGUAUUUUCUUGGUAGGACAAAUUUCAAUUAACAUUUUUUUGGUUAAUCAUGAACCCUUAAAUCAGCCAGUUCAGAAUAUGGUUGGUACUCUUGCAUUGUUUUUUUUUUUUAAUUGGUUGUUGAUGAAAUGGAGUUUAUAAAAGUCCCAAAAUUUGUCAUUCCAGUGCUAAAAAAUUUGGGUUCUUCAAAAUAACUUGUUAGAGGCACCACCAUUGGCUUUAGGAACAGCAGCAUACAGAGACCAAUAUAUGUUGAGAAAUAUCUUGCUGGAGAACAAUCAACCAAAGUAAUUAAUCUUUUCUUCAGCUCUGUUGUCUAAAUAUAUAAUACUGUGGAAAGAUUUGUUUUGUAGCUGGAUGAGUGUAAUGUGGACUUUAUACAAAAUUAUAGAAAUAAAAUUGUGCAACAUGUCUGUGCUCACACUGGCUGUGCCUUCAUUACUCGUGUUCCUGUAUAACACGUAGUUCCAGUCAGUUACCUACUGGGAGACGCAUUGAAAAAUGUGGCUUGCUCUAUUAAUGGAGUUGCAGAGUAGUUAAUAGGUUUACAAUAUGUCCAACCAUCUGUACUGUUCAUACAUGUUUGCUUAAUUAUGCUAUGAUUUUGUUCAUUUGUUUUAAUGUGAGAUUGUGAACAACAUAGCUUAACCGUCACCUGAAAGGUCCUGCUGUGCCACUUGGGUUGUGAAUAAAAACUAGUAUUUUCGGAUUUU